UCUUGGUCGGGCACACAGAACACCUGAACUGGUGGAGCAACGCUGCGUGUCAAUCUUCGAGGUUAUAUUUCUGACGUUUCCACACUGUGGGAAAAAUUUUGCAAAUGUCCGCUAAAAAGUGUACUUAAAGCAGCACGGUGGCAAUGAAAAUCUCAUCAGAAAAAUGCGCGAGUUUGGAAGACAGCCCUGAGGAGGGCGAAAUUUUUUCGGACGAUUUGGAAGACAUUUCGGAUGUGUCUUUAAGUUUACCGACCCACAAAUCUGGUAAGUUCCAUUAUCAUAGCGAUAACUUACACGAUUUAUCUUUAAGCAGCGUGUCAGACUUCGAAGAGACUACUUUGAAAGUGAAAAAUCAAAGAAAACGCAAAAAAUGCUUCUCUCAUAAGGUGGAUCGUCAAAAAAAGCAUCGCAAGAAACCCCCUGAUUCGAAUAGUAGUGAUAAUGAUUCCUUGGAGGCAUGUAGGCUCAAGCUUCAGCUAAAGGCAACUGUACAACUAGACUCUAAAGAUGUCAUAUCUAGAAAUAGCCUGAAAACUCGACUCAGAGCAAUGGUAAACAACACUGGCCGUGACUCAGAUGCGACCGACAAUAAUUUAUCACCGAACAUUAUGACUGUGAAUUCCACUCCAGACCCUUCGAUCACCUUAAUAGAUUUAAUGGCACAUGAUACGAGCAGCGCUGAAAGUAUUCAAGAGAAUAUUGACAACAACUUAAAUUCAUCUAAGGAUGACCUAGAUAAUGAGCUGAUACAACUUAGGCUGGAAGCACUAAAAACAGCAAUACAAAAUAAAUAUCCUAAUGGUGCUAAAUCCAGAAAGGCUAGAAACAAUGAAGGUAGUAAGGAAAAUAUUAGUAAUAACUGUGAAACACACAACGACACUCUAGGAAAUAUACCUCACGUAUCGCAUGAUGCAAACAGUAAUUUAGAACACAAGUCAACCAAUCCUCCAGAAGAAGAUGAGGAUGUUGAUGUCUUAAGGGCGCUAUUACUUGCUUCAAUGUCCAGAAAAAUUAGCGAAAUUGAAUGCGCACUACCCACAUCAUCUUAUCCAAUGACUCAACAAAAAAUAAACACAAUUUCAAAUGGCAUAGAAAACAACAGAUACAAAAGAACUAACAAUGUUAGAGCCAUCGUGAGAAGAAGUAUUUCGCAGGAGAAGGUUGCCUUAAAACCUUUAGUUACGACUACAGUAAAACCCCUGAUAAUAUGCGUAAAUUCUAACUCCGAUUCGGAUUCAGACUGGGAACUGAGUUCUGGCAGCCCUGGUAAAUCACCAAAAAAAGUCGAAAAUGUACCUGAAGUCCAUGCUGUGAUAUCAAGUACUGAAGUGGAUUCGACGGUUAAUAAAACCGAAACCACUUUUGAAAAUACAAUAGAACGGUUUUUAAAGGAGGAAAGAGCGAAAGUGGAACAUUUAAAAGCCACUGAACCUGUUCCAAGUAAAAAGACUGCUGAAAUCCCAAACAAAAAUGCAGUGGCCGCCGCUUCAUCCAAUACAACAGCAACUGCUCCAAAGCCUAAACCCAAACUUGCGGUUACAGCUCCAUCUAAAACUAAAAUUACUGCGACUUCGCGACAAAUUGAAAAAAUUUCCUUCAAUAACAAGGUUCUUGGCACAUCAAAACUGGAUAAAUCGGUCUUGAAUUUCUUACCAGCAACGAAGAGAGAGGAAUACCGAAAGUUGCAGGAUUUACUUCGGCAAAAAAAUGCCCAAAGACGUAAACAUCUAACAGAGAAAUUGGAAAACAAAUCAAAAUUUAGCGCACCUCAAGUACCUAAAACUGUAAUUAAACAGCUUCAAAUUCAAACCACAGCGGUCAAGAUCGACGACAAAAAUCAGCAAAGUUGUGCCGUAGUUCCCGAGUUAAACAACGUGAAAAAUGUGGAAACAAAAGACUGUGUUCAGCCCGUUUCUCCCAUAAAAACCGAAACUAAACGAGAAAUUAGAGAUCAGUCAACACAGACUGAAGAAUUUGGGGGUGUACAACUGUCCCCGAAAACGGAAGCACGCCUCAACGAAUUCAGAUCUCAAGAAUUAACCGCUGCGGAGAGGAGCAAAGAAAAAAGACGGCAGACUCAGCAUAUGAGGAAUAUUUUGAAGCAGCUGCAGGUCCAAAGUAAUGGAAGAUUACAGAUGGGAGACAAAUACAAAUGUCUGCGGCCAUUGAUAAAAAAUCUGAACGGCGUAAUUAAAGAGCAGAAGGAUUGCGAACUGGAAGUCGAAAAAUUAAUUAAUCAGGUGACAGAAGUUAGAAAAAAGCAGGAGCUUUUACACAACAAUCUGUUGGACUCCAUCAAACAACUUGAAGAGAAGAAAACUAACAUUGAUUUAAGUAUGUCCAACCAUUCCCGCUUGGAACUCAUUGGCUCCUCGUCUAACGAACUUCAAUCAACAAAUAAUGCAAAUAUCUGUUGUAACAUCAUAUCAAGUUUGCAGCAGGAUAUUUCCGGAUCGAUUGAGGACAACAAUUCACAAAAUAGCUUAGUCGGUGAUCUGAAAUGUGCGGAUAAUCAAGACAGUAUUAUUGAUCCAAAUGAUAUUGAUCAAAUUAUCAAGAAAACUCAAAAGCAAAUCGCACGGAAUGAAUGUUCGGAACAGUUUGAGCGCCGAACGCCACAGAGAAAUAAAUACAUAUCUCCAUUGGAUUGCAUGUCCAGGCAAGAUGAUCUAGAUCCUUUCGGAAUCAUAUGCCCUUUCGAAGUAAAUGGAACCUGUAAAGACCCGGAAUGUUCAUUUAAUCAUCUUCCCAAAUGAACUGAAGCACUUUUCCAAAAAUCUAAUAUGUGAUAAUUUAUAAGGUAGAAGGUUAUAAUUGAAAAUACAAUUUUCGUAUUGAGUUUGGAUAUUUAAUGAUCUCCGGACAGUAUUCGUUCUAUUUUUACUUAUUCAUAGAAGUAAUUUUUGCUAUUGCAAGUUUACACUUAGCUGAUCGUUAAAAAUAAAUUUAUUAUAGUGGAUCGAGUAGUUUUUAUUUAUUUUAAACACUUUACUCAGUUUAAGAAGUUUUAAAUUAAAAAAUCAACGCAACAUUUUAUAAAGAGCAUAAAGCUAAUUUUCAGGAACUUGUCUGAUAGAGCGCAACAACAUUGUCGCAUACAUUAUUAAAUUAAUAAUGAGAUGGAAAGGUGAAGGAAAAAAUAUCCAAACUCAACUAUUUAUAGCCACAAUUUGCACUGGUUAAUUUGAUUAUUAUUUAUUAUAUAUGUGUACUUUUGUACGUUCUUUUCUAUGUACAAAUAGUUUUGCCAUUGUCACGUUUAUACUUUUCAUGUUGCCAAUGCGUUCACUUUGUGACAAACCAAACUAGCUCAUUUCAGUUAUGUACUUUGUAUGCAGCGUGAGACCUAAUUGGGUGUACACACUUGCAGUAGAUUGUACCUUCAAAAAUUUUGUUGGUUUGGUAACGAAAGUCCGAAAAUAUUGGGUGUUUAAAAUUCAUUAAAAAAAUCAGAUUAAUUAAUAUAUCCUAUAAAAAUUAAGGGGCUUUGGAACAUUUACUUUAGUGUUCCGUUUAUUUCAGUUGCAGUUUAAUUGUUUAAUACUAAAUAAUAAUUUAUUAGUAAAAUUAUUGUUUACACAUGAAUUAUCUGUCAAUGUUUAUAUAUGUUGCCGGCAAUGUGCAAAAUGCCUAGGCAUUCUACAAACUGACCAACUCGCCAGGCAUUUCGCAGAAUCGCUACUUUGGGCAAUCUGCACAUUGACUACGGUAUCUUCGUCAAUCUGUAGAUUGCAAGUAGAUUGAUCUGUAGUCAAUGUGCAGAUUGCUCAAAGUAGCAGCGAUUCUGAAAAACAACUGGAGAGUUGGUCAGUUUGCAGAAUACCUAGGCAUUUUGCACAUUGCCGGUAACAUAUACAUAUUGAUAAAUUUCAAAUCGUUCAAUAAAUCUUUAACACCCUGUUUCCGGACCUUGUUUCAUUUAUCAUAUUAACAUUAUUUUUUAUUGUAGAAUCCGCUAUAACAACUUGAACACCUAAUUAAGACUCACCCUGCAUCUAACAUUUAUCAUUAUAUUCUCGUUUGUAUAUAACUAUUUUUGAAAAAUGAAUAAAGAAACUUAUUAUAA